GAUGGGCUGAAAGUCUGGGGUUCAUUAUCCGGGCUUUAUCCAACAAAAAGACCCACACACAGGAGCCGCGCUAGUCCCAAACGGAUUCUAGGUCAAGCUACCUCGGUUUCAUGUUGAUUGACUGCGUCAGUCUCAUCUCCAACAUCUCAAAGUUCAAGGUGACAGUAUGGCCGGCCUCGUCGGAUAUGCAAGCAGCGAUGAUGAGGAAGAAAUACAAGAGGUCGAACCUCCUCUAUCUCAGAAUAAGCAAAGAGUGAACACUACAGAUGACAAACAGCAAGAUCGAGAAGUAAAGGAGAAGACCAAUACAUUGGCGUCUGAGUAUAAGAGUCUGGAAGAUGUUCCCAUCGGACCAGUUCAACAAAAUGCUGCGCCCUUGGGACCUUUCCUACCACCCAUGGAAGGAGCUGUUCUAGAUGAUCAAGAUCCAGCAUCUAGAUCUGCUUCACCAUACUCGAGCAAUCGUGCUCUUCUUCGUGACCUGACGUUACCAUCAGCACCUAACCUAAACAUUCCCCCAUCGCCCCCAGGAUCACCACCGCCCGGCACAAACAAGAAAUUUGAGAAAUUCCUUGAGCUCAAGAAGAAGGGAACACACUUCAAUGCCAAACUGGAGCAAUCAACUGCACUCAAAAAUCCCAGUUUGAUGGAUAAACUGAUGAGAUUUGUCGAAGUCGAUGAGCACAGUCAGUAUUCAACUACAUUAGCUACGGAUUUGUGGAAUCCUGCAGCGUUUCCAGAAUGGGCGUUCAAGGAGAAGCUACGGAAGAGCCACGACAAAGUGCUGAAGGAGAAAGAAGCAGAGAAGACCACUGGUACCAGGACGACCGUUGAAUUUGUCCCAUCGUCAACAUCGGCAGGCCAGGAUACAACAGCGAGAAGUGGACUCUUAAGAGGCGAGAAACGGAAAAGUAGUUGGAAUUAAGAAUGAAGGCGCCAGGUCACAACAUAUGAUCGCAGCGAUAGCACUUUGCCGAGGAAAAUGACCAGCAGACAUCACACUCACGAGAUGGAGAGCCGGAAGUUUUUAUUCAGAGACCUGUUGGACACAGGGUGACUCGCAUCAAAGGUAUCAUUAUAACCGCCCGCGCCUUUGGUCAAACCACCACCUCCUCAUAGCUUUACAUUAAUCGACCCGACGGCGUACAUCAUCCAUCGCCACCAGAAUUGCAUAAUUCAUGACCUUUCUGUUGCUUCCAUGCACACAGGGCAUGCAGCCCAUAAUCCCAAUGAAUCCUGCAAUUAAUCAUUCUUGCUCUGGCACUUGACCUCAUAGUCGAGGUCCUUCUUCAAAAUGGCACCAAUGUCGAUUUCAACUGUUUGAUUUGAACUCGCCAGUGCUGCGGCGAAAUAGGUAAGAUUUUCACCAUGGUUGAUGACCGACUUGCCCAGUAACUUGAAGGGGAGGAUGCCUGUUUUGCAGUAGGGCUCUUGCUGGACGGCGUUGAGUAUAAUACUCUGGUUCAUGCUGGCGGUGAUGUUGACGACGUUGUCACCUGGCUUGAGCACCAAGUUUGGAAUCGUCAGGGUGCCGACUUCAAUAUCUCCAACAAAAUUUGUGAAGUGUGAACACGGAAGCGUUUGGAAUCGUGGUGGUGCCGUUGAAGUUGGGCCCGUCUUUACCACUACCAAAGCCGAUGUGGCCGUCGUUGACUUCAGUGCCAGCGAAAUGGUUAAGACCCUUGAGUUCCAAUGUCUUCUUGAAGGUGACGCCGUACUUGCGCGAUAGACCGCUUGGCUUCACUUUCGUCUUUCCGUAUACGGUGACACGGACUGUCUCAUUGUUGUGGAACCAGACGUUGAAACGAGUGAACUCCUCCAUGUCGGUGAUUGUGACCUGCUGGCUCACAUUGACGACCUGGUGUUUGUUGCUGUUGGUCUCUGGCAUCUUCACGGUAGCAAACGCCACAUGUGCUGGCCAAUCCUCGAGAUACAUAUCAGCCUCAAAAGGAUCAACCUUGGCAUGGAUCUUGCCAUCGGUUGUGAUAGAAGAAUCGAUUUCCAUGAGAUAGGCGUCACUCUCGGUGUCAAGAAUUCGAACGGAUUGGAUUUCCAACUUGGCUUCGUUGAUCUUACUUUGUGCAAUCUUCGGGACAGCGACAAGAAUUCUAAGGGGUUAAGUCAGUUCUGCAAUGGACGCUUGAAAGAACAGCGGCUUGCAACUCACAUCACAGGAACCACGAUGACAACAAUGACGCAGAGAAUAAUGAGAUAAACCCACCAGAAGCGUUUGCAGUGUCUCGCGCAAGUUCGCUUCUUGGACCUGGGGACAGUCCCAUUCUCGGUCUGGGUGACCUCGUUCUUUUCCGACAUGUUGACCUGAUAAUAGGAAAGAAAGGAUAAUUAGGGGUGUGAAAGGGGUAUUGUAACAAGACAGGACAGGUCCGACGUCGUGGAAGUGAAGAAGAACAAGCCAAUCUUCAACAUACACCAAAUGGCGAUGAAGAGGGAACAAUGGCCGAACUUAAGUAUUUCCACCAGGGUUCACCUACUCGGUCGAACUGGCAAUCUGCAAACCUUGCGGCGAAGCAAGAAGGAAGUAACGACACCCACAAAUAAUCUAUGCAGCCUUCAACCUUGGCGGGACUAGAUCGCCAUGAUCCGAGUCCCUUUGCAUCUGUACCCGGGCAUUGACUGCCCAAUCAGGCAAGUGUCCGAUGAGCGACACGGCGCUAUUCCCCAGGUUUGCCCCGCAUGGGUUGGGGGUGGAGAGGGGAUGCUUCCUUCGAUUGAAAGCCCCUGGUCAAGCCCUCCUGCUUCUUAGGCUCCUGGUCCGUUAUAUCCAUUGUUCCUCGGCAGCUUGUGAAUCUCCUGGAAGCACCACAUGUACAUGGGGUAUCUUCUUGCAGUCUCUAUGUCUAUUGUCCGACGUCGCCAAACCGCGCUGAUUAACCCGGACGAUGCCCGGCACGCCCUCCAUCUUCUGCUGCAUACACGCAGGAUCGCGGAUCGCUCAGACAACCUUGCUCUCUUUCCCUAGUUUAACAAAGCUUGUUUGUGAAAGGACCCCUCAGAUUGAGGGCAAAGCAUGGGCAUAAACUGGGCCGAUUUGACAUGGCACAUGAUACAACACAUUGGAUACAAAUCGAAGCCUCCUUGAACCCUGCCGCCGCUUUAAACAGUGCAUUUUUGAAUUGUCUGGUGGCAAGGUCUAUAUAGGAUACUUUUGAUUAGCAAGUGUUCCUGAGCCGUCCCUAAUUGGCUAAGCAAAUUUACGUGGCAGAGGUUGUUGACGUUGAGGAAUCAUCAAACGGAGUCGUCUUUUUGAGACACCAUGCCAACUGAAAGAUGAGCUCAUAGAGUCAAAAUAUCCACGAAAAGAAUGUGCCGAACGGAGAGAAGAGAACUUUGCACGCGACAGGCAUAGAAUUGAGGUUGCUAAUUAAAACCGACGAAUCACGAAACAUCCUUCAGCUAGGCCAACACAGAAGCCUGCGCCCUCCUUUCUCAAUUCGACGAUCAACAUCAAGCAGCAAGCAGACUAAGCCCAACCGGGUCGAACAGAAGUUGGAAUGUUCGUCCAACGGAAAUGCAUCGUCAUUGACGGUUGGGAUUGUCUGUCAUAUAUCGUUGAUGAGUCGUAACACCCCUCUUCCUACAUUGCACCAAAUAUUUAAAGUUGUUCAGUGGCUUGUCAUGACAACCAACCAAUUUAUUCUGAUUGGCAUGAAUGACACGACACGCCACGUUAGAAAGCGGCACCUGAGCUUCGGAGUGGCUCCAAGAGAAGCAAGCGGCGCAGAAGGGUUCAGCUCAGUUAUCCAUGUGCCCUCUGGGAGGGCCGGCUGUGACACACCAUCUCGGUCGGGCAUCCUCACAUGGUAUGGUUGGUUUCCAAGUUUUCUAAGCCCAGGGUGUGAUUUGAUUUGAUAACCCUUGUCCCUGCAUUGUCACCACAAAUCACUACUACAUAGUUUGGCUUUGUGGAAUCUAUUUAUUAUUUCCGCCAUGACGGCAGGGCAAGAUAAAUUGAUUGACAGAGAACUGAUCGGUACUUGUCUCUACAGAGAAUUCCGUGUCUUUUUUUCAUGACGUGUUCUUCCUGAAACACCCAAACUUCAUUAGUUCACACAUCGCCAGGCAACCCUAGAAACCAAUUCCAACUGCGCCGCAUGAUGCCUCCUCGGCACAGCUAACAUUUACGGCCAGCCCUUCGUACAGUAUCGUAUCAUUCUCCUUAUUCCCCCUCCCCGAUUACUCAAUUUCAGCUUUCAGAUCUUAUUGCUUUUGCCUCCGAAGCGGGCCACGAUUCCCCCUGCAAGGUUAGAUAGUGGUGAAAUCAAAAGUUUGGCUUUUUAAUCCUGAACUACUAUUGUAAAUUUUUUACUUGCAGUGAGAACAUCCCAAUUUCUUAGAGAAACUCAUUCUUUGGAAUAAUGUUUUCGAAAUGUAUUAGUACGGUGGAAAAGUUGAAGGAUUUCAUCAGAGAGAUUCUUAUGCCUCACUUUUCCCCAUCCCCGCGAUGUUACCCAGAGGCAACGGUGUUGGCCAGCCCACCAUAUUACCAAAGCCGUCUUCCCCGAGAGCUCCCGCUGUUGCCGCUUCGAUUAGGGAAACAGGGCUCCCUGGUAAUUGCAGUGGAGACUGAAGGAGAUCUAGUAUCCAAGCCGAGGCUGCAUCUGGCAUAUGAAGAUAUCGCCGCCUGCUGCUUCAUACUUUACAGCUUAGACUUUGUCCACAAGCCCUGACGGUCCAGCCCUGAAUCUCCAUCGUAGAUAUCUCGUUCCACCUGUCGAGCAUUGACCUGCCAAGCGAGUUAGUCGAGAUCGCCAACCACGGGGAGCAGAGUCUGGGGAAAAGAUGGGGAAAUCUUACGAAUUUAGGUCCGAGCUCCGAGAUACUCUUGGCUCCGAGUAGUCGCAUACAUGUUGCUGUUUCUGCCUCGAGGACUGUUUUGCAUGUGUUAGCCGGGGUUCGGGCAUUCUCAAAAUCACAGGCUCAACUUACUCUCGAGUGUUCUCUCAACGCCGGCUUGGCCACCAGCGCCAAGUCCAAAGAGAGCACCUCGUCCAAUACCGACUCCGCUGGCUCCCAGACACAAUGCUUUUACAACAUCUGUUCCUCGCUUGAUGCCUCCAUCAACCCAUAUUUGGACCUUGCUCAGAACCUCAGGGCAGUAUUUGCGGAUUUCGAGAAGUGUGUGUAUAGCUGGAGGGGCUGUGUCGGCAGCACGACCGCCGUGGUUCGAUAAGAUGAUGGCCUUUACUUGAGGAGCAUACUUGGCUGCGAGAUAAGCAUCCUCAUGAGUCUGCAGACCCUUGAGAACGAUGGGUAGAUCUGUGUGAGCAGCUAGCCAGGGAAGAGUUGUCUUCCAAGUCAAGUCGGCCGCUGUGCCGAAAAACAGCUGUUGACCAACACCUCCAGCACCGGGCUUGCUCUCACCACUGGCAGGACUGGGUUCAGAGUAAUCAAAGUUUUGCUUCUCAUCCAGCUCGCGUUUACCAGGAACAGGCGCAUCAAGGGUCAGGCAGAUAAAUUUGUAGUACUCUCGCAUAGAGUUGAUGCGCUUGAGCAUAGCCUCGCUUUUCUCUCGCUGGUUCUGGACGUAGAGCUGCCAACCGAAAGUCUGGCCUGGCUUUGCGCCCUCGAUGAUUUGCUCAGGAGUCAUCGACGCGUUGUUCGACACAAUCUGCAUGGCACCGAAUCGAGAGCAUGCCUUGGCGAUGCCUUGUUCUCCAUCGGGAUGAGCUAGACGGGCCAUAGCAGCAGGGGCGACAAAGAUUGGUAGCCCGACUCUGUUGCCAAUCAAUGUGGUUGAAAGAUCGCAAGCUGUACAAUCAACAAAUACGCGUGGCCUAAGAAGUAUAUUUUUAUAGACAUGGUUGUUGUACGUUUUUGAAAAUAGAUCGUCGGCGGCUGAAAAGUAGUAUGCCCAAGCCUUUUUCGAAAUGCGCUUGGUAGCCUCCUCCUCGAUCUCAUCAAGAUUCAUGAGUGAUGCCAUUGGUGGUGGCUGGUUAUCUCGGGACUGUGUGGUGGUGUUUUCGCCGGUCGAUUGGGAGUCAGUGAGUGUUUCGGGAUUCACUUCACCGAGGAUAUUCUCGGGCUUGAGGUUCUCCUCGAGGGUUCCCGGUGGGUGAACGGGAUCAUAUUCAUCGGUGGCAUCCUUUCCCGCCAGCUUCAGGAUGAUCUUCUUACCACCGGGGUGCGAUGGAAGAAACUCAGUCACAUCGUAGACUUUGCCAUAGAGAAUGACCCAGCAGCUCUCCGGGGUGUUGUGUUUGGCCACUAUCGCGAGUGUGUCAGUUAUUGCGCC